UCAAUUUAUUACCAGUGAACGUGGUCGUUCAUUAAUUUUGUAUAAAAUGUAUAAAUAUUAUUUUGAACGUACAUUGAUUCAAACUGGAGAAAAGAAGUGGCGUUGUUGUGUUAAGAAAUGUCCAGCUUUUAUAAAAAUUUUAGAACCACCAAUAUCAUCAAGUAAUGAAUGUCAUAAGCACGAAUCUUGCAGUGAACAAAUGAUGCAGCGUCAACAGCUGUCUGCAUCGGUAAAAAGAAAAGCAUCUGAUAAUCCUCACGAUAAACCAAGCAUGGUGGCGUGCAAUUCAAAGAUUUGGGCUCACGACGGAAUACAAAAAUGACGAAUCAGAAAUUAGUAAAUGGCUAAAACACUGUUUUGGAUUGAUAUUUUUAAACCCAGAAGAUGUUGAAAAAUGUUUUAGUUUUGACUUGUACAACACUAAACCAAACGAUGACCGUUGGAUGCAUUUUAUGAUUAUUUAAAAAAUACAUUUAUUGGUGAAGGAGCAAUUUUUUCACCUACAGUCUGGGCAGAAGCAUCUUCCGAAUUAACAAAAUCCACAAAUGCUUGUGAAUCAUUCCAUGCUCAUUUUAAAUCAAAUUUUAACCAUAGCCAUCCAAAUAUUUUUAUGUUUAUUGAUACACUAAAAAAUAUUCAAUCAGAAAUUCACAUGAAAUUACAAAGCAUACACAAACCAAAUAGUUGCAAUAAUUGUCAUAAAUGAAAGCUCUACCGAAGAAUGUAGAGCAAUGGAAACGAACAUCGAUAAAAAUUUUUGAAAAUCAAGAGCAAGAAUAUUCUAGUGAUACAACUUCAAUUUCUGGCGAAAUAUUCACACCGCCAAAGGUAACAAUAAGAAAAAAAAUUAUAAAAAGAAAAAAAAUGAAAUGGCCGAAGAAGCAUAUGAAGUUAUGAGUUCAAUGGUCAAAAGUCAAGAAAAUGGAGAUGAAUAUAAUGUUUUUGGGGAAAUUGUCGCUUGUAAAAUAAGAAAAUUACCAAUAGACUACUCUAAAAGCACAGUACAACAUCUGAUCAACAAUAUUUUGUAUGAUGCAGAGUUAGGAAUGUAUAACAAUCCUCCUCAGCAAUAUAACUUUAAUAUGCUUUAUUCACAAUCAUUGCAAACAUUCAACUAUAAUCAUCCUCAAUGUGUGCCACUUAAAAAUAUAUAUAAAAACAGUGAAUGCACAUCUUCAGCAAGUUCAAGCUUAAGCUAUAAUGCUCCGACGCCUACAAUGAGCGAAGAAAGUAGUAUGGAUGAAAUAUUAAAAUGUUAAUUAUUAAAUAAACUUUUAUCAAUAGAGUAUAUGUUUAAUUAUUUUGUUAAUAUUUAUUAAUUUUGUGAAAUUAAAAAAAAAGUUAUGCAUCUAUUCAUA